AUGGCUGUCCAAGGUCUCUUUCCAUCAUGGCACCGCAACAAGGGCUUAGACUACGAUGCGGUUGAAAGUGAUCCGUCCUCCCGUACAGAACGGCCAAGUCUUUCUGAGGUUAUAGCCUCGAAGCGCUUUCGCUGGCUGGUGGGGACAGUCAUUGGAGCGCUAUUGGUGGUCUUUGUUCUCGACAACUCUGUUCAGGUUUCGAGAUUCCGACGCCCGACCUCGUCGUCAUCCCAGGUGGCGUUGAGCCAAGUCGAGGGCGCGAAGAGCCAUACAGACGUAGACUGGUCCCGGUUCGCCUAUGUGCAGUAUGCCACCAACACACCAUAUCUAUGCAAUUCGGUUAUGGUGUUCGAGAGAUUGCAGCACCUGCAAAGCAAAGCUGAUCGCAUCUUGCUGUACCCUUCCGAAAUGCUAGAUCCCCUGGCAGCAACUGGAAAGACUAAAGAUGCUUCUCUGCUCAUUCAUGCGAGGGAUACAUAUGGUGUGAAACUAAUUCCCAUCACUGUUCAACACAGAAAAGGCUUAGAUCCUACAUGGGCUGAGUCUUUCACCAAGCUCCUAGCCUUCAACCAAACCCAGUAUAAUCGAGUCCUUUCUAUUGACUCUGAUUCCACACUGCUACAGAAUAUCGAUGAGCUAUUCCUAUCGCCGCCCGCUACGGUCGCCGUACCGCGGGCCUACUGGCUCUACCCUGAGAAGAAGAUAGUUGCUUCGCACAUCAUGCUCGUGCAGCCCAGCGUUGCUGAGUUUGCCCGGAUAGUGGAAAAGGUGAACCAUGCGGGGAAAGAAGAGUAUGACAUGGAAAUCAUAAACGACCUGUACAAAGACAGCGCCAUGAUUCUCCCUCACCGGCCAUAUGCGCUGUUGACUCGCUCUUUUGGCGGCGAUCACCAAGACUACUAUCUCGCAAACAGCAAUGAGGUUUGGGAUGCGGUAACUGUCUAUAAUGAGGCCAAAUAUCUUCACUUCUCUGAUUGGCCCAUGCAUAAGCCCUGGUUGAAAUCUUCUGAUAGUUUGAUCAAGGAGAGACAACCCGACUGCGUGGUCAGAGAUGGGAAUGAGGAUUGUACUGCACGAGAGCUAUGGCUCAGCUUCUACACGGACUUCAGAGCUCGUAGAUCUCAAGUUUGCGGUAUCAACACCUGA